CUGCCACGUUAAUUCGACGAAAAUUCUACAAACAUGAACUUGGUUCCAUUAAUACUCGAUUGGUCGUAAUUACACAGCAUGGCACUGACAGUAGUGACAAACCGGACAUUAAUGAACAUUGUCAACCAGCGAAUCUUGGCUAAUGGUGGUAAAAUUAUGAUUCAAGAAUUACAAACAAUAUACGACGAUUUUCCCUCUAUCCUCCCCACAUUCUAUUCCCUUUUAUAUCUAUAUGCUUUCCCCCCAACGGGAGAGCUGGGUAUCAUAUAAAAUGCCGACUCAAUAUCAUGCUCGAC